AUGACGACGGGUGAGUGCAGGAAGCCUUUGCAAAGCAGGCAGGUGAGGAUUCUGCUCCUUCUCGUGUGCGUGUCGGUGGGGGGAGCCGCCACCAUCCGCUAUUCGGUGGCGGAGGAGAUGGAGAGCGGCUCGUUUGUGGCCAAUGUAGCCAAGGAUCUGGGGCUGGAGGUUGGUAAACUGGCCGAGCGCGGGGCGAGGCUGGUUUCUGAGGGCAACAGGUUGCAUUUCCGGCUCCACCGCAAGACUGGAGAUUUGUUCGUGAAGGAGAAACUGGAUAGGGAAUCGCUUUGUGGCAAAGCUGACCCGUGCGUUCUGCACUUCGAAAUUGUGCUGGUGGAGCCGUUGCAGUCCUUCCGUGCAGAAGUCAGGGUGUUUGAUAUUAAUGACAAUGCCCCGGUUUUUCUAAACAAGGAACCGGUUUUAAAGAUCCCAGAGAGCACCCCACUGGGUUCCCGGUUCCCUCUGCAGAGCGCUCAGGAUCUGGACGUGGGCCUCAACGGUCUCCAAAACUACACCCUCAGUGUCAAUGCAUAUUUCCACCUGCACACCCGCUUCCGCAGCCACGGGCCCAAGUACGCGGAGCUGGUGCUGGAUAAACCGCUGGAUCGAGAGGAGGAGCCUGAGGUCAAUUUGACAAUCACGGCGGUGGACGGCGGGUCCCCGCCCAAGUCUGGCUCCGCCCACAUCCGAGUGGUGGUUCUGGACGUCAACGACCACGUGCCUCAGUUCUCGCGCCUGGUGUACCGGGCUCAGGUACCCGAGAACAGCGCCAACGGUUCCUUCGUGGCGGUGGUGACUGCUUCGGACCAAGACGAAGGCACCAACAAGCAGAUAACGUACUCUUUAGCUCAAAACCCAGAAGCAAUUCUGCAGACAUUCCAGAUCGACUCUCGAACCGGAGAAGUUCGGCUCCGAGGGCCCCUAGAUUUUGAAACGACGGAAACAUACGACAUUGAUAUUCAAGCUACAGAUGGAGGAGGCCUCUCGGCGCACAGCAAAGUCCUGGUGGAAGUGGUGGAUGUAAACGACAAUCCUCCUGAAGUCACCAUCUCCUCUGUGUCCAGCCCUCUCCCUGAGGACUCACCACUGCAGACGGUGGUGGCCCUCUUCACUAUCCGAGACCGGGACAUCCGAGUGGGAGGCAAAAUCACCUGCUUCCUCAAGGAAGAUCUUCCCUUUAGAGUCAAACCCACAUUCCGGAAUUCGUAUUCGCUGGUCACUGGCAGAAGCUUGGAUCGGGAAGACGUCUCGGGGUAUAAUAUCACCCUUGUUGCUGUGGAUACCGGACCACCUAACCUGUCCACAGAGACAGUGAUAGAGGUGCUCAUCUCGGACAUUAAUGACAAUCCUCCCGUGUUUCAGGAAGAUUCCUACAUCUUGACUGUUCGGGAAAACAACAGUCCUGCAGUUUUUAUUGGCAAAGUCCAUGCUGAAGAUCUAGAUUUGGGUGAGAAUGCCCAGGUAACAUAUUCUUUGUUGCCUCCCCAAAGUGGAGAUCUCUCUGUCUUUGCUUACAUUUCCAUAAAUUCAGACAAUGGGAAACUCUAUGCACUGAGAACCAUGGAUUAUGAAGCUAUCCAAGAUUUCCAGUUUGUGGUAAAGGCAACUGAUGGGGGCUUCCUGUCUCUGAGUAGCCAAGUCACUGUCAGAGUGGUUGUCCUGGAUGACAAUGACAAUCGUCCAAUGAUCUUGUACCCACUUCAAAAUGGCACUUUCCCCUGUCAUGACCUAGUGCCCAGGUCGGCAGAGGCCGGCUACCUGGUGACCAAAGUGGUGGCUGUUGAUGGUGACUCAGGUCAGAAUUCUUGGCUUUCAUACCAUCUACUUAAAGCCACUGACCCUGGAUUAUUUUCUGUUCAACCACAAAAUGGGGAAAUCCGUACAUUGAGGCAGAUAUCUGAGAGAGACCCAAUGAUGCAAAAGCUAAUCAUUCUUGUUCAAGAUCAUGGACAACCAGCUCUCUCCACUACUGCCUCACUUAACAUCCUGCUAGUGGAUGGCUUUUCAGAACCCUAUCUGCAGUUCCGGGAUACAUCUAAGCAUUCUAGAAAGGUAAAUCCAACCACCAAAUAUUUGGUCAUCUCUCUGGCUGUGCUUUCCUUUCUCUUUCUUGUCUCUGUCACAGUGAUCUUCAUCAUACACAUUUGCCAGAAGAUUAAACAUAGAGAAAAGUUCACAAUUCAAGAGCCUUUCUAUGAUGACUGUAAUUUCCCUAACAAUCUGGUGCAAGGGGGAGGCAAUGGAUCCUUAUCCCAGCCUUGUUCAUAUGAAAUGUGCUCAGCCAGUGGUACUGGCACUAGUGAGCUCCGGUUUCUUAAGCGCUUUAUGCCCAAUUUCCCUUUCCCUCAUGCCACUGGACAGGAAAAAACAGAGAAUGGUUCUAGUUUACCUUCUAAUAGAAAAAGGUCCCGGGGGUCAGAGGGCCAUGCUCAGGUAUCUGAUGAUUAUAUGUAG